CAACAUAAAUUGUAUGAUACAUAUUAUUCUAAACUACUUGAACGAAAGUUUAAAUCAAAGGCAUCAGGCUCUACUAGAAUUAAUAUAACAAACUCUAUUCAUCCAAAUAAAGCUAGUCAUUUGGUUGCAUAUUUUACUAAAAAUGAAAAUCCUGAACAAUGA